AUGGCUGCCUCGACUAACGAUAUGAAUAAAAAUACCAAUCACUACCCAUCAUCACACAGUGUUCUUAAUGUACAAAACCUAUCUCUGACAGCCCUUUUAGAACAACAAGAAAAUAGUGAGGUUUACGACGAUUUUAUUCUCUAUCUUCACCAAACGUAUUGCAUCGAAAACUUGUACUUUUGGCAAAACGUACAACGUUAUAAAGCCAAUCCUAGUUGGAUUCAGUUUGAAGAGAUGAUAGAAAACUUCAUUUUGGUCAAUUCACCGUACGAAAUCAACAUACCUUGUGAGUUACGUGAAGACAUCCUUGUCCUAUCUAACAACAACAACAACCAUCUCAAGAUAGAUGAUUCUAAUCAUAAAGACUUGAAGAUCGAUUGCUUCGAUGCAGCUGCAGAGCUUAUUUUGGAGCUUUUAAGGGUCAAUUCGUUCAUACCUUGGUCAAAUGACUUUUAUCUUAAAUUCAAUGGCGGCAGCAAACGUAAUAGUCGUGCGAUAGGGUUGCCCGCUUCCCCUUUGUCUACUUCUUCUAUUUAUUCUUCAUCCUCUUCCUCUUCUGGUACUACCGCUCAUCGUCGUAGCAGUAAAAGUCAUAGUCAUAGCAGUGGUGCAUCAGACACGACUCCCUCCCAUCAUCCCAUCACUCCCACCCCGAGUCAUAAUUCAUAUACAACCACGCCUCCGCCACAACAACAAAAAUACGCUACCAUAAACGAAAAGAAGCGUUUCUCCAACAUCCUCUCGCCUUCAUUCUCUUUUCCUGUCAAUUUAUUGUAUUCGUCUCCUUCCAUGGCAUCUUCAACUGCCACAUUCGGUAUCAGUCGACCCAGUUUCAGUUCCUUUCGGUCAUUUGCUACUACCACAGCACCUACUACUACUACUACUCGUACUUCUACCAGCUCCACCACCUCUUUUUUCUCAAAUACAUGGGGUGCCAAGUCUUAUAAAUGGAGGCAUAGGUUUUUAAAAAUAAAAGAGAGAAUGCUGAUACCAACAACAACUCGAAAACAGUGUAAUUUAUCAUGA